AUGAUGGCCAAGAAAAGAUCGAGCACUGGAAUAAACUAUUACAUUUAUCCAGUGUACUUCAACAGCACGAGUCCAUGCCAAUCGUGUUUAAAAUUUCAACAAUGCCUUCGUGAUCAUAGUGAUAGUUUAAUCAAUCUAUGCCAUACCUAUAAUUUACCAUCGUUACUCGCACAAUAUCGAUCGUCAACAACAGAUGUGUUUUCAUUAGAUAAUAUUAAUCAUUGGUCCGAUUGUCAAACGAAAGAUAUUGAUCGUGUAUCGAAACAUGUUGAAUAUUUAAAUAAUACAUUAAAUAAAACUAAAAGUGAUUUACAAUUAAAUGAAAAUCGAUGUAAAAAACAAGAUGAAACAAAUAGUCGCUUGCAACAAUUGAUUAAUGAUGAUAAACAAUCGAAAAAAGUCCUACAAGAACUACAUGAUAGAAAAGUCAAUGAUUUAAAAAAACAAUGUGAUCAACAAGAAACGAAUCUCAUCGUCAGUGAACAAAUUAAAUUGCUAACAAAUCAAAAAAUUAAACUCAAACAACAAGUAAAAGAAGUCAAUGAUUUAUGUACAUCAAGAGGAGAACAAAUCGAAAAACUAGAAUCAUCAAAAAAUGAAUUGAAAAACUUAAUUCCAGAUCGAUUCAAAUCCGAUGAUGCCAUAAAAACAUUAGAACAAGAUCGUAUUCGUUUACAAACUGAACUUGAUUUAAAUUAUCAAUUAAAACAAAAAGCACUUUCGUCAUCCUAUGAAGAAUUAACACAAGAAUGUGAAUUACUCCAAAAACCAGUUUCAGAAUUAGAAAUAUCGCAUGAUGAAGUUGAACAAAAACUUGAAACAGUUCAAAAACAAAAUCGAUCUUGUACAGACACCAAUAAAGUUCAAUUGUUAAUGGAAACGAAUCAUCAUUUACUAGAAGAAAUGACUAUAUUAAAAUCAAAUAUUGAACAAUUACAACAAGAAAUUCAACAAAUGGAUGAACGUGAGCCAAUGUUAUUACAAUAUUCUGAUCUGCAUGACCUUAUUGAACAUCAACCAAGUAAAUUUUCUUUUUAUCAUUUUCUUUUCUUAAAUUUAGUUUCCAAUAAUAUCAUAAUUGAUACGCAAAAUCAAAUGCGUACCAAUGAAAUUCCUAUUGAUUUGUUACGAAAACAAAAUGAUUCAUUAAAAUCUUCAUUAGAAAAACUUUUAAUUGUACAUAAUACGAGUCCAUCGUUGGUAACGGGAGAACGUUAUGAAGAACUGAGAAAUCAAUCGAGACAAGAACAGUCCUAUCGUAGAUAUUCCUACAGCAAUGAAAGUAUCACACCGAAAUCAAAACAAACACCAUUGUGGUUAUUAAAUAAUGAAAUUGCAGAACAACAACAAGCUUUUACAGAGACAAGAUCGGUUACAGCGAACAAUUACAUACCACGUUUUAGCGAAAAUGAUUAUGUUGCAAAUGGAUGGAUUAAAUCUGAUCCUGAUAUUAUCGAAAUUGAAACUUCACCAAAACCACAUGAUGGAUCAUGGUCAUCAAGUUCAACUCGUAUACAAACAAAAUAUGACUAG